CACAGCGGCUCUUCGACUGGUGGGGGGGUGGAACGCUGCGUUUCCCGGGGCUGAAGUCACACGCACUCUGCCAGCUGUCGCACGGACGUGUGUAAUGUCGGCAGACGGACAGCAGGACUCCGACUCACGCAGCGGCUGUAGCAGAGCGACGUAGCAUCCCCACAUCUCCAGGCGGCGGAGGGUUCGCUGGUCUCGGCUCCGACAGCAGCAGCAGCAGCCCGGUGUCCUUUGUUGCGUCGGCAGCAGCUGGCGUUGGUCCGAGGACACGACGACAUGUCCGCGGGACAGAAAUGUGUUUUCGUGUAAGGGACGGAGGAGAUACGGUGACUGCGGAGAAAGUACCCUCGAGUCUCCGCUGUACCCGCGCCCGCAAUGUUGGGAUAACGGCGGCAUCUCCUCACACAUUUAACGACGUUUGAGCCGACCUCUCCUACCUCUCUCCCAUUCUACGAGGGAACAAACCACUAAGACACACCGACCUCAUCCCUCCGACCAAUGAUGACGUCCCCGGACUCUCCCCCGCUCGUUUCCCCUUCUCCAUGCCCUGCUCCACCUCCGUCUGUCCCCUCAUCUCCUGUGCCCUCCUCCCCAGCCCCGUCUUCCUCCUCCCUGCCUGCCCCACCCUCGCUGCCUCCCACGGGGGAGGUGAUGGUGAUGGCGCUGGGCAGGAAGAAGCAGAGGGUGCUGAUUGCUCUCACCAUCCUCCCCAACCUCUUCCUGGCCUUCCUGCUCUCCUCUGACCCACUCAUCACACUCUCCCCGCCCCACCACUGCCACCUGCCGGGGCCCCUGCCGUCGCUGGAGGUGCUGAAUGCCUCGCUGCCCUGGGAGAAGUCGGACAGGCUUCGGGACAGAAGGGGCCCAUCCCAGUGUAAGCAGUACGUCAACGGCAGCCAGUCAGCAGUGGAGGACUGUGUGGCUGGCUGGGACUACAAUGUUACAGAGGGGCUGAGGAACAACAUUGUCACAGAGUGGGAUCUGGUGUGUGGUCAGUACUGGCUGGUCCCUGUGGAGGAGGUGUGUUUCAUCCUGGGCGUCCUCACUGGCUGUCUGGGUCUGGGCUAUGCUGCAGACAGGCUGGGCCGGUCCAAGACUCUGCUGACCUCCCUGACCCUGUCGGUGGUGUUCGGGGUGCUGGUGUGUGUCUCUCCGUACCCCUCCAUCUUCAUCGUUAUGCGUUUCUGUCUGGCGGCUGCUAGUGCGGGAGUCUACCUCACUCUGUACAUCACCCGUCUAGAGCUGUGUGAGCCCUCUCUGAGGCUGGUGGUGACGAUGCUGGCCGGGCUGAUGACUGUAGCUGGAGAGCUGCUGCUGCUGGCCGUGGCACUGGGCUGCCAGUCCUGGAGAGGCCUGCUGGGAGCCGGGGCCGCACCGCUGACACUGUUCCUCAGCUACGGCAUUCCUGGAGUGUUUCCAGAGUCCCCUCGCUGGCUCCUUCUGUCAGAGCGAUCUUCAGACAUGAACUCGUUCAGCGACAGAAGAAACUCCAACAGAGACGCGAGGGAUGACGAGAGCUUCACAGAGAUGGAAUCAGAGCCGUCCUCCUCCUCCCGCCCCCACCUGUCUUUCCCCGAGCUCUUCCACAGCAGGAACAUCUGGAAGAACAUGUGUGUGCUCGGCUUCACCUCGUUCAUCUCUCAUGGCAUUAGUCACUGCUACAGCUCGUUCCGAGGUGACGUCAGAGGCACUGCCCCCGGUUUCUAUUGGAUGUACCUGUUGCCGGUGUGCGCCGGCGGCGCCGCCUGGCUCCUGCUCUGGGCAACCGUGAACAGGUGUGGUCGCCGCGGCAUCCUGCUCCUCUCCAUGACGAUGACGGGGCUGGCCUCUUUGAUCCUCCUCGGGCUCAUGGAGUACCUCAGUGAGACGGCCAUCACCGUUUUCUCAGUGCUGGGUCUGUUCUCCUCUCAGGCCACCGCCUCACUCUGCAUCCUCUUUACUGCAGAAAUCAUGCCCACCGUUAUAAGGGGCCUUGGCGUGGGCAUCAUUCUCGCUCUGGGCUGCCUGGGCCGCCUCAGCUCCCCGCUCAUGGACCUGAGGAACCACUACGGCUACUUCCUGCACCACGUAGUCUACUCGUCUCUGGCGCUGCUGGCCGUGCUGUCCAUCCUGCUGCUGCCCGAGAGCAAGAGGAAGCCGCUGCCGCAGACGCUGGCCGACGGGGAGCUGUACAGACGCCCCCCGCUGGGCAGGAGGAGGAGGGACCACGUGCCGCUGCUGGCGACGCCCAACCCAGAGACCUAAACGAUCCAGAGACAAGAGGCGUAGGCUGGUAGCGUUGCAGCCAGGACAUUUACAAAUGUCAUGUUCCUGCAGAGGAGAAUAAGGAUGGAGCGGUGCAGAGACUUAAGAUGGAUGGAGACAGAAUGAGGUCGAGGCUUCCUGUCUUCCCGGCACAGGCUGAUGGUUCAGCUGACAAUAUUCUACAUCUUCAUCUUUCUGUUUCCUGUCAUUUAGACGUGUUUGAACGUGUUUGAAUACACUCCCACACACACCAUCCUUUCUACAUCGCCUCAUGACAGACCCCACACAGCAAGAUGUUGGCUGCUUAUUACUGACCAUCAGGACACAUCAAGGAACUGAAAUUAUUCUUUGUCUAAACCUGCGUAGACUGUGUUAUUAUUAUUAUGUCUGCUGUGUAUGACGAGACAAAAUCUGCUCAGAAGUGUACGAAAAUAACACAUAGAUGGAUUUUGUCUACUUCUUUUUAACUGACACUCCAAACAGAGUAGGACUCUGUUCUCUGACGUCUGUUGUAACACUUUAGGGGCUGUGGGUGAUACAUGCCGUGUAAAUACUCUAGACUUAGUUUCUUUAACUUAAGCUUGAGUUCAGGAAACUGUAUGCUAUGCAGUGGAGAAACAGUGCAGAGGAGUUUGUGAACACAAAUUAGCUUUUAUCAAUAUUGAGAUCAGAGUCAAAUAAGCAGAACAAAAAGGCCUUUAAUCAUAACAUCAUGUUCGAACCGCCGAAUCUGGCCUGGAGCCAGCGAUAUUUAUAACUUAUGUUGUUAAUAAGCAUAAUCAAUAAAUUAUCCAGAAGCUGGAGGCUUUUGGUUCUAAGCUAAAUACUGUUAAAUUGGUUUGAGAUGACGUGGCAUGGAGGACAUUUUCUCCGGUCCAGUGACUGUCACAACAUUCCUGUCUGCAUGUUGGGAGGAACUUGAAGGGCUUGUUUUCUUUCCUCUGUUUUACUUCAGUAAUUCUCUAGAUGGCCAGUCUCAGCUGUAAGAGAAUAGACGGGUACAAACAAACUACAAUAGAAUAGAGUGUCUCGUGUGUAACCAGACAUACAUUUCUUUGUCAGGACAUGGAGGUUGUUUGUUGUUUGAACUGAAUGUUUUAUCAAUGCUGGAGAAAGGGCCCGAUGAAGACGCUCUGUGAGGUCUAAGUGGGAGCGGCUGAGGGCCCCUGCAGCUCCGAGUGGACCCACCCCUCUACUCCUCCUUGGCCAUAGGGCAAAGAUGGCUGUUCUUUGUUUUGAGUGUGAAAUCUUGACAGCGUCUUUAUGAUGAUGUGCUCGGGUAAUUACGUUUCUGAGGUUGGAGGAUUGGCAUUAAGAGGACAAGGUGGGUGGUGGUGGUGGUGGGG